AUGAUCAAAUCAUCGGCUAUUAAAAAGAGAGCUCCCACAAAUAAUUCUGAAAUGUUUAUAACAUCAUUUAAAUGUAAUGUUGAUAAUUCAGCUUUAUGUCAAAAAGUCAAGAAGUCAUUUGAUACGGCGGGACAAAUUAUAACAUCCACCAUAGAACUCAACACACAAUUGGUGGUUAAUGCCACUUUAUUGGAUUUUUGUAAAGAAAUAGGUCAAUGUCCCGAUAAAAUGGGUCACGUAACUUUAGGUGGUGCUGGACCCGCUAGAUUCAUUCCGUUAGAAGGUCCGGAUGGUGUGCUCAGGGUGUAUCCUCAAGCUCUUUUAAAACAAUUGGUUCAAGGAAUUGAUCUAGGAUUUUAUAAAUAUGAUAUCAAUGCAUACUUUAAUAGUCAGGCGGAUUAUUGGUUUGAAGAAGACGGUUCAAUUAAACCGGGUCAAUCGGAUUUUUUAUUCGUUAUUUUACAUGAAUUAAUUCAUGGUUUAGGAUUUGCCAGCGGGUGGGAUUCAUAUAGUGAAAUAUUAGGGAUACCGGAUAUCGUUACGCCAUCACCAUUUGUAUUUCAAGAGGAUGACGGAAAAAUUAUUUUUGGUGGAUUUCAAGAAUUCAUAUUUGAUCAAUUUAUGGUAUUAUUACCCGAGGGAAGUCGUGCAUCUGAUAUUACCGCAGAAUUGAAUAAAUUUCCUGGAAUUGGAACUAAAUAUGAUUCAAUUGAUGAUUUCUUGAAUUCUUUCGCGAUUCGCUUCCUUUCUUCUCCUCAAUACACAAUUUCUCAACAAAUGAUGACGAGAGCUACCACGCCUAAAUCUCUUGGAAUUUUACCAUUGAACAAGAAUAAUGUUGAAGAUGCCUUUAUCUUGGAGACUUCAAUUAUACCCUACAGACCAAAGUCGAGUAUCAGUCAUUGUGAUUACGCAACCUAUACCAAUACUCCUGAUUUCUUGAUGAGGUAUUUACAAGAUCCCGGUGUUUCUUUAAAAGAAUCUAUUCGGUUAGGUAAGAAUUACGCCGGUGGUCCCAUUGGUCCUAAAUUAACCGAAAUAUUAACGUUAUUGGGAUAUCAAAUUCAGGAUUUACCAAACCCAUAUAAACCAAACCCUGAUGAAGUAGGAAAAGGCUCUGCAUCAUCUCUAAAGACAUUUAGUCCAC